AUGGUGACAAAGAAACAGAAGUUUUUACAAGACGCCGUCGGCAGCGUGCGCUUCAUCGCGUGCCAGGGACCGAAGCCUGGGACUGUGUCGGACUUCUGGCACAUGGUCUGGCAGGAGCAAGUAAAAAUUAUUGUCAUGUUAACGAACUGCUACGAAGGUAGUGAGGCAAAAUGUGCUACGUACUGGCCGGAGGAUGUGAAGUCAUCGUUCGUGGCAGAAAAAUAUAUUGUUACUCUACUGGCUGAGGAGGAAGGCUCGGACUACACACAGCGCAAACUCCUCCUGCAAAACGAACCAAGACCUGCCAGAGAAAUCGUGCAGCUGCACUUCACGUCGUGGCCGGCUCACGGUGUCCCGACCAGCGAGGCGGGACUGUUGAGGCUCAUCUGCAGCGUCAAGGAACUGGUCGGGAACUUUGAAGUUCCUCAAGCCUCGAUCGUUGUGCACUGCAGGACGGGCACCUUCAUCGCGCUGUGGAACCUCCAGCAGCAGCACCAGCGGGGCGCCCCCAUCGACAUCGACGCGACCAUCCUCAAGAUCAGGGAAGACCGCAACUUGCUCGUACAGUCUAAGGAGCAGUACCUGUACAUCUUCAAAUGCUUUGCAGAAUACUUGCGCUCACAUGAGAUCUUCGACGAAUAUGGGAGCAAUAGUUUGGCGACAACGAGCGGCGAUGUGAGGGUAGUUCCCAGCUCGAACUCAACUGAACCCGACGAUGAAGCAGAGUGUGCUGAAGCCUUGUUGAAAAUGGAGGUCUGA